GUCAUUGGUCACCACUGGCCACUGCCAGCGCUACCAGCAGUGCCAGCACUGCCAGCUGCUAUGCUUAUCUCUUUUUGUCGUAAAUGGUCGUAAACGUAAACGUAAGAGACAAAUGUUCAAUUAAAUGAUCGGGUCGUGUUCAAUUUACUUGCAUAUAACUGAUGCAUUUAUUAUGUUUUUCAUAUGGUAGUGUUUCGUAUGAAUAUUAAGUAAUAGGCACAUGUCGGAAUUAAUUAUUUUCUAAUUGUGUUAUACGUUUUAUCAUCCAUGAAAAAACGGGACAAACCUCCGUCGGAGGAUCGAGGACAACUAGUAUAGUAUGGUGGAUCUUUAGCUUAGAAAAUAGAUAUUUACAAACGAUAGGAUCUGAAUUUUGGCAAAGGAAAAUAUGGCCAGUCCACGUACUCGGAGAAUUUUAAGUGAACUCAAGCCCAGAGAUGAGAAUAAUAGAUGUUUCGAAUGUGGUACUCAUAAUCCUCAAUGGGUUUCUGUCACAUAUGGUAUAUGGAUCUGUCUUGAAUGUUCUGGCAAGCAUAGAGGACUUGGCGUUCAUUUAUCAUUCGUCAGAUCCAUUUCUAUGGACAAAUGGAAAGAUUCAGAAUUAGAGAAAAUGAGAGUUGGUGGAAAUAAGAAAGCACGUGAAUUUUUAGAGUCACAGCCAGAUUGGGACGACAGUAUGUCAAUAACACAAAAAUAUAACACUAAAGCAGCAGCAUUAUAUAGAGAUAAGAUUGCAACAUUAGCUCGUGGAGAAAACUGGAGCCCAACUACGUCCAUGGCAAAGGAUUUUCAAUCCUCUGAAAAUCAGCAGAAUUUUUCCUCGUACCAAGGUGAUGUGUCAAACUCUUAUCAAAAUUUUAACGUAAACAGUUGCAAAUCCCAAACAGAGGCUUUCUUUGCAAGGAAACAAAAUGAGAAUGCUAAUCGUCCAGAGAAUAUUCCACCCAGCCAAGGAGGUAAAUAUGGUGGAUUUGGUUAUCAAAUGGAGGCACCACCCAGAAGUUCUUCGCAAGAAUUUUUUGACUCUGCAGUAUCUUCUCUAGCAAGUGGUUGGUCAAUACUUUCUUCCUCAGCAUCAAAAAUAGCAAGUAAGGCUACAGAAAACGCUAUCAGAACUGGAGAGCUGGCUAUGCAAAAGGUACGCGAUGGUACUCUUUGGGAAGAAGUUGGAGCUCAAGCUAAUAAUAUAGCUUCCAAGGUUGGAGACUUAGGCAGAAGAGGAUGGGGUGAUAUCGGAGGAACGAAUUCAAUUGAACAGAAUCAAUAUAAUACAAGGGAACAUUAUCAAAGUUCUUCUACUGCUUAUCAAAAUAGCGAUCCAGUUCAAUACCAUUCCACUGAAAAAACGUCUUUAAUGAAAACGUCACAAUCUAAAACCAAUGCAUCGACUGCGAAUUGCGAAUGGGAUUGGGGGAGUGACACGAAACAAAAUAAUGACACAACAAAUUCUAAACCGAUGCAAAGAAAAUUGAGGGACAAGCCUAAAGAGGAAGCGUUAAUUAACUUUGAUACGGAUAACCACUCGUCGAAUUGGAAUUCAAAACUUGAAGAUGAUGCUUGGGAAAUAUUAAACAAUUAAUUAUUGUUUAAUAAUUAGGAGAAUUUUAUCAAAGUUCGAAAUCCUCAAACAUCAUGUUGUACAUCGUGUAGAUUUUGAACUCGAUUGAAAUAAUAUAACAGCAAUUACGUAUUAUUAAAGUCAAUUUAUUUUUAUUUUGUCGUAUUCUUUUAAAUGUGAAAGAUAUAUGUAGAUAAACAUUAUGGAAAACGUAAUCAUAUAAUACGCAAAUGCGUAUACAUCAUACGCUUUAGAGGGCGUAAAUAAAUGUUGCGUGUUGCAAACUGA